UGUAUCCGGCACAGGCAAACCGGGGGGGACCCUCUAGCGAGUACGAGAAGUAGAACCGAAAGUGUCUUCACACGUGGGUGGUCGCCCUUGCGCUUUGGCAAGAGGAGGGUAUGCGAGAUGAAGGGUUGGGUGUCGGGCAGGUAGACGUGGAUGGAGGUAGAAUUCCAGACGGAACGCCGCGCAUGGCGCAAAAAAUGCUCGACAAGGAUGCACCGGCGUAUCGCAAGGGCUUGGCAAACUGCCUGAACACCAUGUCGGUGUACAAGUUCCCGGAGAACCUCCCUUUCGGCCUGGGACGUCGUGGUGCCACCACGAACGCAAACGCCAGCAUCACUUACACUACAUCUCAGAAGGCGUGUUCAGGGUGUGGUCGUGACUUCCCUGCGGAGAAUCAGCAUAACGUGGUUGCAACUCGGUUGACAGAGGGGUCAGGCAUGUCGAAGGUGAACGUGCACACAAACGAGUGUGAGACGUGCGGUAUCCACGGAUUGGCUAGUGACAACUGGCGGGAGACUGGUUUGUUCAACUACAACAACAGCUACCUGGUGGAGCUGUCUAUCCUGUACAGAUGCCUGGAGGCGUUCACCAGGGGUACGACUAUAAGCGCCUUCUUCGAGACGUUUUUAGAACCUUUGGCGAGUGACCUGGUCUGGAUCAAGGCGAACCCAGAUCUCAGCAAAAGGCUCGCAAACGGUACCAACUUGCUCAACGUGCUCAACAACAUUUUCUUGGCGUUCCUGGCCCUCAUCGACCACACUUUCGAGUUUCGGUGCUGGAUGUGGGGGAAGUUUCCGCCGAUCCUCACUUUCGACGCCUGCAUGAAGAUCGCCUGCAACUUCGUGACUCUGGGGCAGGUGAUCGCGUCGAGACCCGAGCAAGACAUCAACACUGACCUCGNGUCGAGACCCGAGCAAGACAUCAACACUGUCCUCGCCAUGAAUCUUCUGCAGUUGAGCAUGGUAUCGCCGGCCUGGUUCGGCGGCACGAGGGUACAGUUUGUGGUCGGGGCCGGGGAGACGGUUGGAAACGCGCCAGCGUGGGUGUCGCCAGACAUCCGACUGUCGGAGAACUUCCACAAGACACAGCGUGGGCGUCUUCACGCCGAGUAA